AUGAGUAGGGAAGAAAGAUUGUCAGCUUUUAUACAUGAGGUGUCAACUGAAAUGAUGAAAAUUGAUAGUAAUUCAUCAGAAAUAAUCCCUCAGGAUCAACUCUCAACAAUUCUACAAAAAUUAUCUCGAAGAGUCAGCAAGACCGAUUCCAAUACCAUCUAUUGCUAUUACGAAUUUGGCUUAGCACUAACCCUUCAUCUCAAUGAAUUAAUAGGGAAAUGGCAGAAGAGAGCACAAUAUAUAUUAAAUAAAGAGGUUCAGAAUUAUUUACCACCUGGCACUUCUCUAGCCGUGGCAAAGGAUAAAAUUAAAAAGGCUAGAAAAAUGGUUAAACUUUUUAUUGAUGAUCCAUCUAGAAUUCAAUUUGUUCGUUCAUUUCCUGUAAACCAGCUCUUAACUUUUAAUGAAGAUGAUAUCAACUUUAUAAAAUCAAAAUUACCAAAACCUGGGACGCCAUGA